CUUCAGACAUUGACACCCCAUUUCUUCACCCAUGUUUUAACUUGAAACAAAUGCAGUUAAUGUAGGAGCUGUUGCGAUAAAUGGUUUUAAAUUAAGUGUGCUUGCCUCACUAUACUUUGUUCUUGUUGUUUUACUCUAGACCAAAAAGUGAAUUAUUUUGAAAGUUAAAGCAUGGACUUCAGAAUCUCAUCAGUGAUCAUAAUUCUACACAUUUCAGGCUCUCUAACAUUGGACCGUAUCUCUGUGAGCUGUGAAAAUAUUUGUGCUCUGAGGGAAACCAAUGUGCAGUUGAAGUGCUCUUAUGACGAGGACAACAUCAAAUCUGUUUUCUGGUUCAGCGAGAAACAAAGAACAAACUGGAGAAAAUACAAUGAAUCUGAAGAUUUGACUUUAGACUCAGAUUACUCAGGACGGGUGAAAGAUGAGAUCUCAAGCAGCUAUUCAACGCUCACAAUAUCAGACGUGAGAGAGACAGACUCUGGAGAAUAUCAGCUCAUGUUCAUCAUGAAGGAUGGAGUUAAACAUCUCAGCUCAGCGGCCGUCAGUCUAACAGUCACAGACCUGCAGGUGAGGAUGAAUCGUGAAUCUACAGACCAGAGAGAUCAGAGAAUAGAUCUGACCUGUGAGACUUCCUGUGAUUUGAAGCCCAGACCUCAGAAGUACUACUGGAAAAAAAAUGGACAACAUGUAGAAGAUUAUUACAAGACAAUUGAAGUUUCAUCCGAAGUUGGUGCCAGUUACUCAUGUUCUCUUUCUGAAGAUUUUAUCAUCUCUUCCUCUGAUGUGUGCAUUUCUAAGAGUCCCUGCUGGGGUGUGACUUACUCCUCUAGAAGAGUCUGUGCUUUGGUCGGCUCAACAGUAGACAUUUCCAGCACAUACACACAUCCCUCUCGUCAUACUGUAUAUAAAACAUUCUGGCAUUACGUUCAGCCUGGUGACUUAAAGGAUCUGCGUGAGGAGCAUCAGUUUGCUGGUCGUGUGGAGUAUGUGGAGAACAAACUGAGAAUCAAAGAGCUCAAGAUCAGUGACUCUGGAGAAUAUCUAUUCAGGAUCAUCACUAACACGACAACCGGCAAAUACUCUGGAUCACCUGGAGUCAUUCUUACUGUGACAGAUACGCAGGUGAAAAGCAGUCCAUCUGUUGUUUCAGAGGGACAGGAAGUGAUAUUAAUCUGUUCAACUAAAUGCACUCUGAACAACAACACCUCUUACAUCUGGUACAAGAACGGACGACAGGUAACAGAUGGAUUCACUAAAGACAACAAGCUGUACCUGGACUCAGUCAGCGAUGAAGAGCUUCACCAGUAUUCCUGUGCUGUAGGAGGCCCAGUAAUCCAGAUACCUGCGUCAAACACAGCUUUACUGAGCUCUGUAAUCAUACUCUCCGUGUUUCUGAUUCUUGCAUUAAUAGGAGUCCUGUGGUACAGGAGGAGAAAGACUAAUUUAUCUCGACAACAUGAGGAAAAUAACCGGCGUGUAGAGUCGGGUUCUGCUGCACUGGAUGAUAAUGCUGCAGCCUUGUCUACGGUUCCCACAGAAGUUCACACGAAUGAUCAGGAUGUUCAUUAUUCAGCAGUUAAUUUCAAGAAGUCUCACACAGAGAACACAUCAUCAGCUCCUACUGUGGUACACUCAGCCACGGAUGAUGUUCAUUAUGCUGCGGUGAAGUUCAGCUGAACCUUAGCUAAGCUCCAGCUUAAAAUAGACCUAUACAGUACUGAACAACCCAACUGUUGCUGUGUCUGUAUUGUGACCAAGCUUCCGCUCAUAUCAAAUGUCUAUGAAUGUCCUGUAUAUUUGAAAAGUUUUAUGGAAUUUUACAGAAUUUACUCAGGUUUAUGGACAAGAUGUUGAGGUGUGUAACUCAUUCAGUAGGUGCCCAUAGAUAAUAAAUGUAUCUUUUUAUUUUCCUUUUUUUGUUAGUUUUUUUAGAAUAAACUUUACUGUCCAUUAAAGAAUCCAGAUUCCAGAAAAAGAAAACUGUAUUAUGGUUUCCACUGCUUAAAAAGAAGCUUUGCCAUUACAGAAAAUAAUAAAAUAUUUUUUUUAAAUAAAAUUUAAAAUGGAAUUUAAUUCUAAUUAAUUCAAUGUUUUUAAAAGUGUUUUUGAUCAUAUUAUUGCAGCCUUGGUGAGUAUAAUCUGCCCCCCAAUUUUUGAUAUACGACAAGACAUUUUGUUUGUUUUUUACAUUACAUUAUUACAUGUAAUUUAAAAUCAUAAAAUAUGAAUACGGUUAAUAAAGACAACUAUCUACAUUUAAAUUAAAUGAUUCUCAAAUGUAUUUAUUGUGUAAGUAUUUAAGCUGCAUAAUGACAAGCUGUCCAAGCAAAGUUGUUUUUGGGUUGUGAUUUUCUUCUUUUAUAAACAAAAGGAAAUUCUAAUACUACACACUUUCAAACAAAUUCCAGUUAAAUAACUGUACUGAUCAUCCAGCAUACAUAUCGUCUAAGAAUGUUUUAUUGUAUUAUUAUAUCUAUUAUACACAUUUACAUUGUGCAAUAGAUUAUUUCUAAGCAGUAUAUUCUUGAAAAUAAUAAU